AUGCCCAAGGAAAAAUAUGAACCGCCAGACCCCAGGCGGAUGUACACCAUCAUGUCAACUGAGGAGGCAGCCAAUGGAAAGAAGUCUUACUGGGCUGAGCUGGAAAUCACAGGUGAGCAUGGCAGGGGGUGGCACAGAGGUUGUGGAGGGGUGCUGUUCUCAUAUUAGGACUCAACAUGUGAGGAUUAUCUAGUCUAGGCCAGUUUAUCAACCAUUUUUGUUCAGGGACUAGCAUUCUAAUCCUUAGAGGAUAAGGUCCUCUGUUUUAUAGGCCUGUAUAUUGGUUUGACUGGUAAGUCCAGCAUGGCUGUUUACUCAUGUGUUAGGUAGAAACAAACCUGUAUCUGCUUUGCAUGAAAAGCCACCACAGAGAGACAUGACUCAACUGUGUAUGUUUAUCUACCUGUCUCCCCCUCCACAUCUCUCUCUCCAGGUAAUGUCAGGAGCCUGAGCCCAUCUCUGUGGACUCUGACCCACCUCACUGCCCUACAUAUCGCUGACAACUGUCUGUCACGUAUCCCGCCCGACAUUGCCAAACUACACAACCUGUUGUACCUGGAUGUGUCGUCCAAUAAGAUCAGGAGCCUGCCGGCAGAGCUCGGCAACAUGGUGUCUCUCAGGUGAGCCGCUGGGAACUGAGUUUCCCACGAUUCACUUUGUUCUAAACUGGACUUGUCACUGGUUGGUGUUGAAAAUAACCAUUGUCCCAAAAAAAUGUUUAAAAAAAAUAAACUUGUUGGGCUCACAGAGCAUUUACUUUUGCCUGUAUAGAUCACUGGUCAAUGUGUUAAUUGUUUAUGGGAAAGUUGAGAAAGGGGCUAUAUUGUCACAGGGGCUAGUCUCUGACACCUGCAUUUCCCUGUGUCCAUCCUCAACAGGGAGCUGCUUUUAAAUAACAACCAGUUACGGGUUCUGCCAUUCGAAUUGGGAAAACUGUUUCAGUUACAAACACUGGGGUUGAAAGGUGAGUGUGGCUUAUCGUCUUGGUAACCAUUCCGUCCUGGAGACCCCAUUGUUGAUCCCGUUGCGUUAAAAAAUAAAUGAAUAAUGUAAUUCAACGUUGUCUUCGUUCCUUCCUCUUCCUGCUCCUAACAGGAAACCCACUUGCACAAGAAAUCACGAGCCUGUACCAGGAGCAUGAUGGCACGAGGAAACUGCUCAACUACCUGCUGGACAAUCUGGCAGGUUCAAUCAAACGCAGUAAGUCACCCUCUCUCUCACAUAACAUUUUAGCAAAGAUAACUGAUGGCUAACAUGGACAACCCCUCCUGUCCCCAGCCCCCACGGAGCAGCCCCCGUCCCGGUCGUGGAUCGCACUCCAGGAGCCGGACCAGACGAGGCCUUCUGGUGAGAGACCAGCAGACAGUCCCUGUACACACACACACAUUAGUGCUGUUUUCCUAAAUAAGUUAAAUCUGCUUUGUGUGUUGUUUCCCUGCCACGAUACUAACGAGUAUCGCUAUACUGGUAUUGUCCCUGCCCUAAAUGUUUCUAAAAUAAGAAUACAGUGAAUAAGGUUCUAUAUCCUACGUCUCCCUCCCUGUCCUCCCUCUCAGCAUUGUUCUCAGUGAUGUGCUACAACGUGCUGUGUGAUAAGUACGCCACGCGCCAGCUCUACGGCUACUGCCCCUCCUGGGCCCUCAACUGGGAGUACAGGAAGAAGUCCAUCAUGCAGGAGAUCAUGAACUGCAGCGCUGACAUCAUCAGCCUACAGGUAUGUGGAUAAACCUCGACCAGUGUUAAAUAACUCCUGUCGCAGUCCUUUUGGUUUUUCUCUGGCAAGUCAUUGAUCAAUGAACCUGAUUUCCCUGGUACAUGUUUUGGGUGUGUUCAGUCAUCUGUCUUCUUUAAUGCAUGAUUUAUUUUCUACAGGAAGUGGAGACUGAGCAGUACUACCAGUAUUUCCUGCCAGAGCUGAAGGAGCAGGGCUAUGAGGGCUUCUUCAGCCCCAAGUCUCGAGCCAGAACCAUGCAUGAGUCAGACCGCAAACAUGUGGACGGGUGUGCAGUUUUCUACAGGACAGAAAAGUGAGUGCACCGGAGGAUCACUGUCAAAUCAUUAUUUUUUUGCAGACAAUGCUCAAUGACUGACACUAGCUAAGUUGACAGAUUUUUAAGCUAAUAUUCUAAAAUGUGCAUAAAAACAACAUGCACAUUUUCCCAGGAGUGGUGUUUCCAUCAACUGACUUGUUGCAGAUAAAAGGCUGUGCAUGAUGACGUAAAAAACACUUUUGCGGUUAAGUUCCCAUGCCCACUAAUUUAACUCUACUGAUGGUUUUGUAACAAACUUGUGAUAAUAUACAGUGAGGGGAAAAAAGUAUUUGAUCCCCUGCUGAUUUUGUACGUUUGCCCACUGAUAAAGAAAUGAUCAGUCUAUAAUUUUAAUGGUAGGUUUAUUUGAACAGUGAGAGACAGAAGAACAAAAAUUUAUUUCCAGAAAAACGCAUGUCAAAAAUGUUAUGAAUUGAUUUGCAUUUUAAUGAGGGAAAUAAGUAUUUGACCCCUCUGCAAAACAUGACUUGGUGGCAAAACCCUUGUUGGCAAUCAGAGGUCAGAUGUUUCUUGUAGUUGGCCACCAGGUUUGCACACAUCUCAGGAGGGAUGUUCUCCCACUCCUCUUUGCAGAUCUUCUCCAAGUCAUUAAGGUUUCGAGGCUGACGUUUGGCAACUCGAACCUUCAGCUCCCUCCACAGAUUUUCUAUGGGAUUAAGGUCUGGAGACUGGCUAGGCCACUCCAGGACCUUAAUGUGCUUCUUCUUGAGCCACUCCUUUGUGGCCUUGGCAAUGUGUUUUGGGUCAUUGUCAUGCUGGAAUACCCAUCCACGACCCAUUUUCAAUGCCCUGGCUGAGGGAAGGAGGUUCUCACCCAAGAUCUGACGGUACAUGGCCCCGUCCAUCGUCCCUUUGAUGCGGUGAAGUUGUCCUGUCCCCUUAGCAGAAAAACACCCCCAAAGCAUAAUGUUUCCACCUCCAUGUUUGAUGGUGUUCUUGGGGUCAUAGGCAGCAUUCCUCCUCCUCCAAACACGGCGAGUUGAGUUGAUGCCAAAGAGCUCGAUUUUGGUCUCAUCUGACCACCACUUUCACCCAGUUCUCCUCUGAAUUAUUCAGAUGUUCAUUGGCAAACUUCAGACAGGCCUGUAUAUGUGCUUUCUUGAGCAGGGGGACCUUGCGGGCGCUGCAGGAUUUCAGUCCUUCACGGCGUAGUGUGUUACAAUUGUUUUCUUGGUGACUAUGGUCCCAGCUGCCUUGAGAUCAUUGACAAUAUCCUCCCGUGUAGUUCUGGGCUGAUUCCUCACCGUUCUCAUGAUCAUUGCAACUCCACAAGGUGAUCUUGCAUGGAGCCCCAAGCUGAGGGAGAUUGACAGUUAUUUUGUGUUUCUUCCAUUUGUGAAUAAUCGCAUCAACUGUUGUCACCUUCUCGCCAAGCUGCUUGGUGAUGGUCUUGUAGCCCAUUCCAGCCUUGUGUAGGUCUACAAUCUUGUCCCUGACAUCCUUGGAGAGCUCUUUGGUCUUGGCCAUUGUGGAGAGUUUAGAAUCUGAUUGAUUGCUUCUGUGGACAGGUGUCUUUUAUACAGGUAACGAGCUGAGAUUAGGAGCACACUCUUAAAGGGAGUGGGACAAAAUCCCUCCUGAGAUGUAUGAAAACCUGGUGGCCAACUACAAGAAACGUCUGACCUCUGUGAUUGCCAACAAGGGUUUUGCCACCAAGUACUAGGUCAAGUUUUGCAGAGGGGUCAAAUACUUAUUUCCCUCAUUAAAAUGCAAAUCAAUUUAUAACAUUUUUGACAUGUGUUUUUCUGGAUUUUGUUGUUAUUCUGUCUCUCACUGUUCAAAUAAACCUACCAUUAAAAUUAGACUGAUCAUUUCUUUGUCAGUGGGCAAACGUACAAAAUCAGCAAGGGAUCAAAUACUUUUUUCCCUCACUGUAAAUAUAUAAAACUUGUCCAAUCUGGUUUUGGUGCAUGCUCUCGCGACAACAGUUUGCUGAUAAAGUGGAUAGAUUAUGUGGAUGAGCAAGAUCAUUGUAUAUGAUAAUUGGCAGCCAAGUACCGAUCAUGUCACCAGCAUUCAAAUAGUCUAUCCUCGAUAUUUAGCCUAUUGGAGAUUUGCAUGAUCACCUUGAUUUCAUCUGCCUAUAUAACCUUUUCAUGCUUUUCCACGUCGUGGUAGGCGUUUCCGCCGCCAUUUCUCGCAUAAUGACUUUUACUAACACAAAGAUCCCACCAUGUCAAACGAACAAAUUGUCAGUCGGCAUUUCUAUAAUUGUACCGACAUUUCUUGUUUCCAUCAGUCCUGUCGUGAUUUUUUUAAAUUUUUUGCGUCAGGUAAUUCUUCUGCGUUUGAUGGAAACCUGGUUACUUGUCACAUCUUGCUUUGUCUGUUUCUCUCUUUCUCUGCCCGUCUCUCUUCACCCUUGCCUACCUCUCUACUUUCUCUCUCUUCCCGCUCUCAGGUUCGGUGUGGUGCAGAAACACACAGUGGAGUUUAACCAGCUGGCCAUGGCUAACUCUGAGGGCUCUGAGGCCAUGCUCAACAGGGUCAUGACCAAGGACAACAUCGGAGUGGCCGUACUGCUGGAGGUCCGAAAGGAAAUGAUGGAGGAAUCCUGUGAGUGCUAUGUUCCUUUUCUCACCCUACACCUAGCUAUGGCCCUGUGCCUUUUCUCACCCUACACCUAGCUAUGGCCCUGUGCCUUUUCUCACCCUAGACCAGAGAUGGGCAACUUUGAUAUGGGUGGGGGCCACAAAAAAAUCUGAACUCAUCAUGAGGGGCUGCAGUGGCAAGCGGGACUUCGUACCCACAUCCAUACCUACACAUGCAGUCAGAGCCAGCCCUAACCUUUUGGGGCCCCUAAGUUAACUUUUUUUUUGGGGGGGGGGGGCACAACAUUUUAGCGCCCCCCCCCCCUCCUGACAGCGGAGAACAAAAGUUUUGGAGUUAAUUUCCAGCAAUUCUACACAUUUUGCCAUGGGGUGGAGAUAAAUCUUUGCAGUGAUAUGAGUGACUAACAAAAUCAAUGGGGGGGGCCCUGGUCGGUAAUUCGACCAUGAUUACUACAAGUUUAGAUGGCUGGCUAAACUAACUUACAAAUCAAAAAUGAUUUUGCUGACAUGGGCUAAUUGAGUGACUGACAUAACAAGAGGAACUGCUGCUGGACAACCAUUUUCAAAAUUGCAUCUUGUGUGUUCUACUAUUCUAACUCCCAACAUUAGGUUGAGACCCUGAGUGAGUCCCCACCCCCCCAUAAAUAUAUAUUUAUCUGAACAAAAAUAUAAACAACGAUUUUACUGAGUUACAGUUCAUAUAAGGAAAUUGAAAUUAAUUAAUUAGGCCCUAACCUAUGGAUUUCACAUGACUGGGCAGCAAAGUAUGUGAGCGAGGAGCGGAGCGUGCCUGAUUUUGACUGGAGUGAGAUUUCCAAAGGCUGGAGCGUUGGCCUUCUCGCCUGCUCCAAUUCUGCUCCAGAAACGCUCACUUCACGAGCUCAGGGCAUGCCCGCUCCAGCAUGCAUUUGUAGUCUACUUGUGUGCUGCUAAUAGCCCCUUGCUUUAGCUACUGUCAUGGAGUUCGCUAAAUAUUUUCAUAAAGAAACUGAUAACACAUGCUAAAUCAAGGUGACUUACAAAGAUGAGGAGCAAGCGAGUGAGUGCGGUGAUGUAGUGUCCACUGUUAUGCUAACUGUGCCACUAGAGAUCCUGGUUCAAAUCCAGGCUCUGUCGCAGCCGGCCGCGACCGGGAGACUCAUGGGCGGCGCACAAUUGGCCCAGCGUUGUCCAGGGUAGGGGAGGGAAUGGCCGGCAGGGAUGUAGCUCAGUUGAUAGAGCAUGGCGUUUGCAACGCCAGGGUUGUGGGUUCGAUUCCCAUGGGGGGCCAGUAUAAAAAUAAAUAAAAAUAUGUAUUCACUAACUGGAAGUCGCUCUGGAUAAGAGCGUCUGCUAAAUGACUAAAAUGUAAAUGUUAUGUGUAAGGCUUGGAUGCCACCUGCUGGUAUGGUGCUAAACUGUUAGGUUAUAGACCGCAUGCCAUUGUUCUACGCGCAGGAUAUGGAAAUUGAUCACACGCUGGCUACAUGAAACCUCCACAACUAAAGAAUUGUUGUGGAAUCUGAAAAUACACUUAUCCCGAAAGUAUGAUGGUGUACUUACUAUGUGCACAUGCUAAAAGAAGGGAACGAGGUGGGUAGAUAACUGUCAUUGUAGCAAAGUAUUUAUAAACAGAAAUCAGAUCAUCAACUUUUCUAUUAUCUAUACAAUAGGCCAAAAUUGAUUUUGGCCCAAUAGGGCCUGGCAUUUUCCCACUUCCAAGGAGCGUUCUGUUUUAAUUGGGUUAUUUUGCCUAAAAACCUUUAGGCCUACCUAUAGAAAAAUACAAAAACAUCUCUGCCCAGCCUGGCAAGAGUGGGUGUUUAGCAUCCCCAGUGGCUCUGCAAGUGUGGAGAGGAUAUUCUCCGCUGCUGGCUGGCUCUCCAGGCACAAUCGCAUGAGCCUAAAGCCACAGACUGGCCAAGCUUGUGUUUCUAAAAAUGAAUUCAAAAGGCACCAAUAAGUAAUUUUUGAUUGAAUUCUAAGUAAUUCACAGCCUAAAUGCGCAAUUUAUAGACUAAAUAAUGAUUUAAUACAACAAUGUUUAAAUGCUGUGCACUUUACGUCCCUUCCAGCCCAUUGUGUUGCACUCGCAAAUGCUUCACAAUGUAUUCCUUUGUAGGCUAUAGCCUUGAAAUAAUUUAAAUAAUAUAGCCUAAAUAAUUCAUUUUCGUUUCUUCUUAGGCUCCCUGUCUGGCUCCUGACCUAGUAUUAUGCUGUUUUAAUAUGACAUGUAGCCUAUUUGAAAUGAUGUUUUGUUUCUUACAUUCACCUUUUCAUGUUUAUUCAAAUACUUUUCAUUCAAAUCCAUAUGGUUUGAUUUCAAUACUUAAACAAUUGUUAGGUCCAGGUAGUCACAAAAAUAGAUGGGUGUUGGUUAAAUUGUGAUUUUAAUGAAUGGCGCGAAUUUGGAGCAGGAGUUUAUUUUUCUGUGGGCCUGUAGCGUUUUUUUAGCGGUAGGUAAGGACAUGGAGCGCCUUGAGCAAUGAGCGGCCAACAGCUAAACUGUGCUCACAUACUCUGCUGGGCAGGGGCGCAGCCAUGGGGGGGCCUAAGAGGGCAUUUACGCCCACCCACUUGGGAGCCAGGCCCACCCACUUGGGAGCCAGGCCCAGCCAAUCUGAAUUAGUUUUCCCCACAAAAUGAGUUUAUUACAGAAAAAUACUCUUCAGUUUUAUCAGCUGUCCGGGUGGCUAGUCUCAGAUGAUCCCGCAUGUGACGAAGCCGGAUGUGGAGGUCCUGGGCUGGAAUGGUUAUACGUGGUUGUGAGGCCGGUUGGACGUACUGCCAAAUUCUAUAAAAUGACAUUGGAGGCGGCUUAUGGUAGAGUAUUGAACAUUACAUUCUCUGGCAGCAGCUCUGGUGGACAUUCCUGCAGUCAGCAUGCCAAUUGCACGCUCCCUCAAUGUGGCGUUGUGUGACACAACUGCAUAUUUUAGUGGCCUUUUAUUGUCUCCAGUACAAGGUGCACCUGUGUAAUGAUCAUACGGUUUAAUCAACUUCUUGAUAUACCACACCUGUCAGGUGGAUGGAUUAUCUUGGCAAAGGAGAAAUGCUCACUAAGAGGAAUGGUGAACACAUUUGUGCACAAAUUGAGAAGUUUUUUUGUGUGUAUGGAAACUUUCUAGGAUCUUUUAUUUUAGCACAUGAAACACUUCACGUUUACAUUUUUCAAAAAAAUAAAAAGUUUAUCAAUGGGCCUACAAAAGGGGGUUGCCCAUCACUGCCGUAGAUCCUACACCUUGCUAUGGCCCUAUCCCAUUCAGGGCUCAACAUGGAUUUUAUUAGGACCCCCAUUAGCUGUUGCGAAAGCAGCAGCUACUCUUCCUGGGGUCUACACAACAUGACAUGAUGCGUAACAAUAAUAAACAGGAACAGCUCAAGGACAGAACUACAUACAUUUUUAAAAUGGCACACAGCCCACAUAUCGAUAUAUACUCACUAAAUAUCUAGGUCCAAUAGGGGAAAGGCAAUGCAUUUAUUUUAUAUACAUUAAGUCUCCCGAGUGGCGCAGUGGUCUAAGGCACUGCAUCGCAGUGCUAGCUGUGCCACUAGAGAUCCUGGUUCGAAUCCAGGCUCUGUCGUAGCUGGCCAUGACCGGGAGACCCAUGGGGCGGCGCACAAUUGGCCCAGCGUCGUCCAGGGUAGGGGAGGGAAUGGCCGGCAGGGAUGUAGCUCAGUUGAUAGAGCAUGGCGUUUGUAACGCCAGGGUUGUGGGUUCGAUUCCCACGGGGGGCCAGUAUGAAAAAUAUAAUGUAUGCACUCACUAACUGUAAGUCGCUCUGGAUAAGAGCGUCUGCUAAAUGACUAAAAUGUAAACAAGUUUUGGAAAUUCAUAACGCCGUCUAACCAGUUAUCAAAUAAUGUUACCGGUAUAAGCAGUUCUUAGCCUGCCAGCUAAAGUUGGUUAUUACCACCACGGUAGUAAGCUAGAGAACAACUAGUCUAGCACUGGCAGGAACACACAGAACACAACAAAAAAAGCCAGCAGAUAUAAAUUAAAGAGAACGGAGACUUACCGAUUGACUGCUGAGUUGGCUACCAAAGUCAGAAGGGCCAAGGAGAGGCCUUCAGCUGGAGAGGUCGUUUCACUGGCCGAGGGAGUCCGCUUAUCCAAUAGCGUUAUAGUGAGGUAAAUCCACAUUGAAUUUACCUGGUUUAUCGCCAUCGCUGCUGACACUUGCGAUGUACCUGUAGGUCUGUAGAAAAUGGAGGUUGCAGGCUUCAGUCAUGCUCGGCACAGCACCUGGUUUGUCAGUCUCAUUCCGAAUCCUGCCUUCCACUGGUUAUGCUAAGCCAUCAACGUCCUCCAGGGUGAAAUGAUCACCGCAUACAGUAGAUGUGCACACGGUUCCCAUACUCCAGUCCGCUUGCAUCAACCGGACAAACCGGUCCCACUUCAAAUGAGUCGUAACCCCGUCCUUGUGGGUAUUAGUGUACUAGCUACGAACGACAGAAAACCACUACAACGCUCACUCGCUCGAUUACCACUUCCAAACGCACAGGAAACGAGGAGAUGCAGUUUUUCGCAUGAAUUCAUAUGGUUUCUUCUUCGUGGAUGUACAUAGUAGCUCACCAGCGCCAACACUUGGUUUGGAAUGGAAUUACAUGUUAGCUGCUAGCCAUGCUAACAAUAGCCAGCUGGAACUACCUAGGUAGCACUGGUUCUCCAUAUGACGUUGAGAAAUAGUGCAUUGUGGGUAGUUCCGAAGAUAUCCGGAAAUAAGUUAAUAAAUAUGUAAAAACGCUAAAACAUAACUGUGUAGUUAUAGGUAACCAGAUCGUGACUACAACGGUCUUUUGACCACACUUGUUACUUUGUGUAAACCCAUGCUUCCUACAGUUUUAAAGCAUAAUUAUUAGGAAGUUCUAAUGUUACGGUCCCCACUGCAACAAAAAAUACUUAAAUAUGUAAUUUUGUCCUUAACUUUUAGUUGCAAUACUGUAGAAUUCCAUUCAUUCCUGUGGAGUAGGAACUGCCAAUAUGGCCCACUGGUGGCUUCAAAGCCUCUCAUUGGCCAAUGUAUAGCAUCAGCAAUCCAGAGUUUAUAUACAUCAUUCGUUUAAUCUUAUGAUACAGCAUCUACCAGUAAAUGCUAAGGCAACAGUGGGUAUACAAACCAGGUAUUUAAAAGGUUUGGUGUGAAGUCUUGGUUAAAUCUUAAAUGAACAAUUAAAUCAUGCGCUGAGAGAAAUUCUUUCUUAAAGGCUUUCUCAAAAAACGUUCCCAAUUUAAAUGUUGACUGUAAAGUAGAUCUAACUGGCAGAAUUGUAUCAUGAUUUGUAUCUAUCAGGUCGGCAUUUGUUUUGCGAACUCUGCCAUCACAUGUAUGUCGCUGUUCAUUGCACAGUAGGCUACAGAAAGCCAAACACAACGAUCUCUUAGUAGGUGGCAAUUGAAUUAAAGGGCAACUACACCCUCCCCCAAAGGUCUCCUGAUGUGGUUUAAGCAUUGUUGUGGACUUGAGAUUUUUGAGAAUAAAAAAAAACUAGGGAAAGCAGUGAAAACAGAAUUUAGCGAAAUAUCAAACUGAUUUCAUAGGGCCCUACAACUGUAGCCUGCUAACUGUUCAAAAUCGCUAAAAAUAACACCCUUUUUGAGAUUGUUUGGAGGGAAACAUUUUACAUUUGCGCAAUCAAUGUAAAUAUGAUAUUGUCAAGUUAAAAUGUAAUUAUUUGUGUAUGGAGGGUAGGUUAUAGGCUACUUGAUCCGCCCGCAAAAUAGAGAAAAUCACUGAAUAUUGAAAUUAUGAGCAUAUCAUCUGCUUUCCUGUGAGAUCUUGUACCAGUCCAGUAUUUUUUUCAUUUGGGCAGUAGCUUUCAGUUGCCACUGGCCCGGGUUGCCACUGGCAAAUUUAACUGAAUGUCAAGCUCUGACAUUAGUCACCCUAGCCCCUGCACCUGCCUCUUCGUCUUGUUCUAACUAAUUUGGUGUUCGAAGAACUGAAAGGACUGAACAAGUUUAGUAAUAUGGUCGGUGAAUUAUAAAAAAUGUGAUGUGUUUUAUCUGUAUCCGCAUUGCUUAGAAAUGUCUGUCUCCCAGUCGGUUUUCAAGGGUGUACCACAGCGCCUUAACUUCUUCUCACUUUAAUCCUAGAACUUCAAAGGUGGAGUGACUGCUGCUGCACUUUUCUGUCUUGUGUCCCACGGCUGUGCUCUGCCUUUAAAGGGGCAAUCAGCAAUUGCUACAUCUAUUUUUGGCCUUAUGAAUGAUAUAUAUUCUUCAAGAAUCAAUGGGUACAUGAGCUUAGUUCAACUGUCGUACACCAUCAGAACCCAAAAUAUAAACACAUGUAAAUAAAAGAUCCCAGAAAUGUUCCAUACUCAAAAGCUUAUUUCUAAAAUGUUGUGCACAAAUCUGUUUAUCGCUGUUUAUGAGCAUUUCUCCUUUGCCAAGAUAAUCCAUCCACCUGACAGGUGUGGCAUGUCAAGAAUCUGAAUAAACAGCAUGAUCAUUACACAGGUGCACAUUGUACUGGGAACAAUAAAAGGCCACUCUAAAAUGUGCAGUUUUGUCACACAACACAAUGCCACAUAUGUCUAAAAUUCAAGGGAGCAUGCACUUGGCAUGCUGACUGCAGUAAUGUCUACCAGAGCUGUUGCCAGAUAAUUUGUCAAUUUCUCUACCAUAAGUCGCCUCAACGUUGUUUUAGAAUUUGGCAGCAUGUCCAACCGGCCUCACAACCGCAGACCAUGUGUAUGGCGACGUGUGGGCGAGCGGUUUGCUGAUGUCAAUGUUGUGAACAGAGUGCCGUGGGGUGAUGGUAUGGGCAGGCAUAAGCUACGGACAAUGAACACAAUUCCAUUUUAUCGAUGGCAAUUUGAAAUGCAGAGAUACCGUGACGAAAUCCUGAGGCCCAUCGUCAUGCCAUUCAUCUGCCGUCAUCCCCUCGUGUUUUAGCAUGGCAAUGCACAGACCCAUGUCGCAAGGAUCUGUACACAAUUCCAAGUGAGGAUGCAAGAAUUUACUUUAGCAAGUGUUUAUUGGAUCACGAGCUUGUGGGUUCAUCUAACAAAACGGACAUAGCUCUGCCCUUUGUCAGUUGAACUACCCACACACACAAAUCUCAUCUUUUAUACUCUUGGUUACACAUUUCUUCAACCACAUUUGGCCAUCGUCAAUGAGCACUCCCAUUCUUUGAUGUUAUCAGUAUAUCCUGUCCAUCAAUCAUGCUAUCCUAAACAUCAGUAAUCUCCUUUGACAUAUCGGAAUGUAGACUCCAUGGCCCCAAACCACUUAUCUACUAACUCUAACCUAUGACAUGUCAUAACAGUCACACUGCAUGAGGCAAAUGGUGGUCUCAUCAGAUAUUGACUUGUUUUCUGAUCCACGUACCUUCAAAUUUUUUUUUGAAGUUGUCUGUGACCAACCGAUGCAUAUCUGUAUUCCCAGUCAUGUGAAAUCCAUAGAUUAGGGCCUAAUGAAUUCAUAUAAAUUGACUGAUUUCCUUAUGAACUGUAACUCAGUUAAAUCUUUGAAAUUGUUGCAUUUAUAUUUUUGUUCAGUGUGUGUGUGUGUGUGUGUGUGUGUGUGUGUGUGUGUGUGUGUGUAUAUAAGCUUGUUCUACUCCAAUGUUUGUCGACUAAGUACAUUUUAUAAUAAACACUAUAGCCUCAACAUUGUUAAACCAGCCAUCUUGAUAUCAUGGAUGGUCAGUACUUGCAUCCAUGGCUCUGUUUUUAUGAUUUUUUUUUUUUUUAACCUUUAUUUAACCAGGUAGGCCAGUUGAGAACAAGUUCUAAUUUACAACUGCGACCUGGCCAAGAUAAAGCAGUGCGAUUUAAAAACAACAACACAGUUACAUAUGGGAUAAACAAAAAUAUAGUCAAUAACACAAUAGAAAAAUAGAACAUUUAUAUACAGUGUGUGCAAAUGUAGUAAGUUAUGGCGGUAAGGCAAUAAAUAGGCCAUAGUGCAAAAUAAUUACAAUUUAGUAUUACCAUUGGAGUGAUAGAUGUGCAGAAGAUGAUGUGCAAAUAGAGAUACUGGGGUGCAAAUUAGCAAAAUAAAUAACAUGGGGAUGAGGUAGUUGGGUGGGCUAAUUACAGAUGGGCUGUGUACAGGUGCAAUGAUCGGUAAGCUGCUCUGACAACUGAUGCUUAAAGUUAGUGCGGGAGAUAAGUCUCCAGCUUCAGAUGUUUGCAGUUCAUUUUAAAGAGAUGUUCCAUUUCUCCAGCCCCAGCUUUUUACAAAAACAGUGGCAUGGACUUUUUUAUUGUUUGUACUGCUUUAUUGACCCUUUAAAGUAACCCCCACACAUGUAUUUUUCUGUGCCUCCUCCUCUCCAGCGGGGAAGUCUCUGCAUGGCAUGGAGAAACAGCUCCUCCUGGUGGCUAAUGCUCACAUGCACUGGGACCCGGAGUACUCCGACGUCAAACUGGUCCAGACCAUGAUGUUCCUGUCUGAGGUGAAGAACAUUGUGGACAAGGCCACGCGCAGCCUCAAACUAUCCUCUGUCUCUGGGGAGACCAACGGCAUCCCUUUGGUGCUCUGUGCUGACCUGAACUCUCUACCAGACUCUGGUGAGUGACUGGGUUAGAAGGGAAAGCUAUAAACAAUCAAUAGUGAUGGGCCCACGAUCUGCCUGGUGAUGGUUACUUUGAAUGAAGGAAUUAACAGACACUUAUAGGUUGUGUUCAGUAGGGAAAAACGUUUUGCAAUGGAAAAGGAAAAUCUGUCAUAAUUGGGCAAGUUUAGGUAGCACAGUCCCCUAUACUGAACAGGACUCAUGUAAACCCCUACCGUCCCUCUCUCCAGGCGUGGUGGAGUACCUGAGUCAGGGUGGAGUGGACUGCACCCACAAGGACUUCAAGGAGCUUCGCUACCUUGACAGCCUCACCAACUUCAAUUGCAAUGGCAAGAACGGCAACUCCACAUCCAACUCCAGGAUCACCCACGGCUUCAAGCUGAAGAGCGCCUACGAGGACAGCCUGAUGCCUUACACCAACUACACCUUUGACUUCAAGGUGAGGAGCCGCACACACACAUAUGCGCGUGCGCACACAGGCACACUUGAAGCACUGUCUCUGAGGCUGCCUUCUGACAGUACAGCAGAUUGCUGUUUGAUCUUGUCCUGAUAAAUCAGGAAAUCCUAUUUUUACGACAUUGAAAUUGACCCAUGGGGUCUUUUUUCUGCAGCAUACACCUGCUUUGCAAAGGUUUCAUGUACUCUGACAUUGUGGCCAAUUGUUAGACAUGAUGUUGCACUCAUCAGUGCUCUCCCCUUCCACAUGCGUUCUCUUCCUCAGUCAUCAGCUUUUCCAUUAGCCGGAAAUUGCUGACUUCUGGCCGGUAAAAAUACAUAAAAGCCAACAAAUAAAAACAUUACAGAAAAUGUACUGAAUAAAAUAAGUAUUAUCUAUAAAUUACAUUAGCAAUGCAUGGAAGUUGGUUCAGGUUGUUUGUCUUUCAAACGCAUCAUCUUUCUACUCUUCCUGUCUGCAGACUUGCAGUAUUGUAUCAACUAAUACCGGCCCACAAAGUUUCCCGCGCCAGUGAAUCCGUGACGGACUGUUUGCAUGUUGGGGAGAAGUGUUCAGUUAUUGAGCGACAUUUUGCUAGAUGAAUUUUGCUAAAAGCGAAUUUACAGAAAUGUCAUACAGGUCCACCAAGGUGGUCGACUAGUUGGCUUAGAAAUGCUGAAACAUUUGCAAAGCUAGCUAGAUAACUACUGUACCAAGGAAUGGAUCGCGGACAAGUGGAAAAAUACAUUUACACUGAAAUGGAGGAUAUUAACAAGCCAGAUAACAAAGGAAGAUGUGCAAGGAGCCAACGUUCACUUGGUAGGGUAUCAUUCCUGCUUGUAUAGCUCAAUCAUUGCAGUCAAUUCGGCAGUCGGCACUGGGCAUUCCGUAAAAAGCACAAUCCUACACGUAACAACAUUCAAACCGGUUUCUAUUUGAUAUGACCAGUUUGCCUGCCUAAUUAAAAUCUGGUCGAAAACGCUGUCACUCAUCCCCCUCUUCUCUCUCUCUCCUCAGGGUGUGAUUGACUACAUCUUCUACUCCAAGCCUCAGAUCAACGUGCUGGGCAUCCUGGGUCCCCUGGACUCCAACUGGCUCCAUGAGAACAAUAUCAGCGGCUGCCCGCACCCCCACAUCCCCUCUGACCACUUCUCCCUGUUCGCCCAGCUGGAGCUGCUGCUGCCCAGCACUCUGCCCCAGGUCCAGGCCAACAACCAGGUCAACGGCAUCCACCUGCCUGGCGGACGCAGGUAG